AUGUCUGAACUAAACGCCGACAAUAGGAGUCCGGGAGAGACCAUACAUUCGGUGCGUAUUUCGUGGACUAAUAUCCGGGUGUCGACUAAAACACAGAAAUCUAUGUAUAAUUGCUUUCAAACUAAAAAAUUACCGAAAGAGAUCAUUCGUAACGUGUCUGGUUCUGUUAACGCUGGAAGUUUAUUGGCAAUUAUGGGCGCAAGUGGCGCCGGAAAGACGACUCUAUUGAAUGUAUUGACGACAAGAAAUUUACGGCAACUGUCCGUCAAUGGAGUGGUACUCAUGAAUGGGCAGACAGUCAGUCAACAGACCAUUGCAUCCAUGUCCUCGUAUAUACAACAACACGAUUUGUUUCAACCCAUGCUUACAGUCAGAGAGCACCUCAUGUUUCAGGUAUUGUUAACAAUGGAUAGGAAUUUGAGUAAUAAUGAGAAACAAGAUUGCAUUCAACGGGUUAUAGAUAAGCGAAAUGUGCGGAAACAAGGAUUGGAGACAAAAAUCAUUUUAAAGGCAUUUCCGGCGGAGAAAUGA